AUGGAUAACGUAACAGAUAAACUUUUACAAUAUUUUGGUCAUAAGAAAUUCAAGAGUGAACUUCAAGAAAGAGCAAUCAGAGCAAUUGCACGAGGAGUUCAUGAUGUUUAUGUUUCUAUGCCCACUGGUUCAGGAAAGUCUUUGUGCUUUCAGUUGCCUGCUAUGUUGCAGGACAACAAAGUUGCCAUUGUAUUUUCACCUUUACUUGCACUAAUAAAAGACCAAAUAGACCAUUUGACUAGAUUAAAAAUUCAAGCUGAAUCAAUAAACUCGAAAAUUACCACUAAGGACAGAGAGAGAGUUUUAAAUGAUCUACAUAGCAUGAAACCAAACACUAGAUUUUUAUAUGUAACACCAGAACAAGCCGCCACAGGUACUUUUAGGUCACUCAUAGAACACCUAGUUAAAUAUAAGAAAGUUUCAUAUAUAGUAGUUGAUGAAGCUCAUUGUGUAAGUGAAUGGGGGCAUGACUUCCGGCCGGACUAUUUAAAAUUGGGGAACUUGAGAGAGAAAUAUAAAAGCAUACCAUGGGUAGCUCUAACAGCAACGGCAAGUACAGAAGUGACAAAAGAUAUAUUAGAUAAUCUGAAGUUGCUUCAUCCAGUUGCUCAGUUUAAGACCCCGAGUUUUAGAAGGAAUCUAUUUUAUGAUGUGGUCUAUCAAAACUGUAUAGAAGAUGAAGUUGGCGAUUUAGCGGAGUUUCUCAAGAAAUGUCUUAAAGACGAGGAUAAUGUUAAGCCUAAAGAUAAAAAUGCUGCUAUUGUGUAUUGCCGGACACGAGAACAAACUGAAGAUAUAGCUAGAAUGCUUUGUAAUAAAGGACUUAAGUCUUUAGCGUAUCAUGGAGGAUUAAAAGGCUCUGAAAGAGUUUCAGUACAAGAGCAAUGGUUUAAUGGUGAAUUUCCUUGUGUCUGUGCUACCGUCUCAUUUGGAAUGGGUGUUGACAAAGCUUCUGUUCGUGCUGUUGUGCAUUGGGGCUUGCCUCAGAAUGUAGCUGCUUACUAUCAAGAAUCUGGAAGAGCGGGUAGAGAUGGGAAGCCAGCAUUCUGUCGCAUUUACUAUUGUCGUAGUGAACGAAAUGCUGUUGAUUUUUUGCUUAAAUCUGAGAUUGCUCGCUCUAAAACUCCAGAGCAAAAACAGAGGUGUAAAAACGCAUACAAAAGCUUUGAGAUUAUGGUGAAAUAUUGUGAGGAUGUUGGAUGUCGGCACAAAACAUUUGCGGAUUACUUUGGUGAGGAGCCACCUCGAUGUUCAGCCCGCUGUGACGUUUGCAGUGACGCCCGAGCCGUGCGCCGCGCGCUCGAACAACAUAUGCGACGCGCUAUGAGCGCCACUCUUCAUCGUGCUGGUUUCAUUGCACACGACGAUUCCUCUGAUCUCUACGGUCAAGGUCGAGAUGGUCAAAAAAGGGAAAUAGAAUCCUAUUAUGGCGAUGGUGGUGAUGAGUCAGACGGAGAAAGUAAUAAACGGAGAGUCGCAGAAGAAACCAAGUCUCUUAUUAUGCAAGAGUUUGCCAAUAGAAAGAAAUCAAUUGAGAAGGAUAAAAAGUUGACCAAUAAUUUGGAAUCAGCAAAAUACUCAAAAUGCAAAGCUGCUGAUAGUACUAGCACAAAAGUAAAUGGUCUAACAGUAGCAAGCAGAGAAAGUUACCUAUCACUACUAAACAAUGCUCUCAAUGAACAUUUGUCUUCAUUAAAAGGCAAGGAUGAUCCAGUUCGGCAAUUAUCGAAGCAUGAUGUAGAACAAUGUGCCGUUGAAUUAGAAUAUGAAGCCUUUUCUAGUAGUACUGUUAUAAGUCUCUAUCGAAGAGCUAUGACGAAAAUGAUUGCAUCAAUAAAAUCCUCCAAAGAGUCUCUGUACCCCCGCCUCAAAAAUUUUGAGCCCAAAAAGAAAGAAACUCUUGGAGAGUUUGUUAAAGAGUUUGAAAAGAAAAAACGACACGAAUCUCAUAAGGCUCAAGGUUUCGUAACAGCUGCUCAGUUAGAAAAUGGACUCAUAGGAGAACAAAGCAAUACUAGAGAAUUAUCUAAAGCAGACAAAGAAACUAAAAGAAAAGCAAAUUCUUUCAAAAAGGAUCCAUUAACACAAACAAAGCUUAAGUCAUUUUUUACAGCUACAACUCACGAAUCACCUGAAAUAUCUUCCAGCGCUAGUGAAGACGAAUGUGGGCUCAUCAUUGAUGAAAAUGCUAGACUAGAUCCUUCUGAUUUAACGUUGAAACUUGAAACUAAUAACAAUUCUGAUGACGAUGAAAACAAAACAAUAAUUAUUGACGAAUUAACAAAACAGAGUAACAAAGACACAAAAAGGUUGGUUAUAAAUAUAACUCUUCAAGGUAUACCUAAGCAGACCGCAACAACGACCGCUGAAUGUGAAGAAUUUGAGAAAAAUAAAGAUAAUUCAAAUGUAUCAUCCAAAAAAGAGCCCGGUCCUGCUAAACGAAAAAUCAAAGCCUUAUUUGGUGAAUCUUCCGAUGAAAGUGACUUUGAACCACAAGAACAUAAAAAACUCAAGGUUUUCGAAGAAAUAAAUAAAGCUAAACAGAAAAAGUCCAAUGACGAGAAAAGUAAAGAGAAACAGACAAAAAGCGAUACUUCCAGGCAUAAAGAUAAACACAAACUCAAGAAUGAUAAAGAAAAAAUAAAACACCAUCGAAGCCAAGGUGAAUCGGAAAAGAAAAAUAGAAAACAUUCUUCAAGUAGUACAAGUUCCGACAAAAAUCUCGUUAUACAUGAAGAUAAAGCUGUGAAAGACAAUAUCGGAAAAUCUAAUGACCGGAAAAUUUCCCUUGAAGCACAUCAAAAAAGUCAAUCCUUUAACAAAAUUGGAUCAAAAAAGAAUCCCAGAAAAAUUUCGGAAAGUAGUUUAGACUCGGAAAAAGAACUUGUUAUCGACGAAACCGAUUGUGUUGAUAAUACAUCUAGCCCGUUUGAUGAAACAUUGGUUAUAGCUAACACUUCAAAAGAAAGUAUAAAAACAGUGAAUUUAAAAAAUGAAAUACCUGAAACCAUCGACACUAAAGUUGUACAUGAUGAAAUUGCUAAACCUAAUUGCAUAAAUAUUUUACCCGGUGAUAAUACGAGCGAUAAAACAAUUCACAUAGACGACAAAUCAUUAAGUGAAGCACACAAAUUGAGUGUAGAAGCCGAUAAGGUCUUGAGAGAACUUCAACAGUUUGCAGAGGUGAAACCAGAAAGUCAAGAAUUACCUAUAAAAGAUACCUCAGUCAUUGCUAAAAAUAAUGAUUCGGUUGCUAACAAACCCCUUCUCGAAUCUAGUUCUAAGUCUAAGAACAGCACAUCCCAAAAAGAUAUAAAUAUUACGAUCAAGAAAUCUGGUGAGACUCGCAAAAGAGAUAUUACAAGCAAGGGCAAAAGUAAAAAUGAACUUACAACACAUCACAGGAAGAGAAAAAAGUCGAAGGAUAAAAGCGAAAAGGUGGAUGUAGCGGGACUAGUUGUUAAAUUAUUGAUGCCUUAUUAUAAGAAGAAUAAAAUUAGUAAUAGGGAUCUAUUUAAAAUAACUGCGCGACAUAUCGUUCACCAACUUCUUGCAAUUCAAGUGACAGAGGAAGCUGCCAUUAACUUGCUCCUCAAAAAGACAUUCAGCAAGAAUAUAAAAAUUGAAACAGAAAGUGAUUUAAAUACUAAGUUGAACUUAAGCAAAUGA